AUGGACUCAUCAUCGUCGUUUCUCCGGCGACCGACCGAGGCGCCGUGGAGUACUCUUAAAUUCGUCAAGGUCAUCGGUGAAGGCCGGUUCGGUACGGUGUGGCUGUGCGAGGAUGGGCGAACCAGCGAGCAGUACGCAUGUAAAAAGGUCCUAAAAGCGUCACUUAAGGACUCGCUCCUGCAUCAGCACUUUUUACGGCAGGAGGUCGCGCUUCUGGAUUUUAUGACGGGAAAGCAUCCUAAUAUCGUUGAGCUUAAGUUCAUCUUUGAAGACUCCGAAGCCAUUUAUCUUUUGAUGGAGUAUUGUGACGUCGGAGAUCUCUUUUCUUACGUCACCAGCAAUGGAGCCUGCACCGUUCCCGGGGCUCGCAGCAGCAGCAGCAGCUGCAGCGGCGGCAUCGGCGGUUUUGGUUUGAGUUCCAUUAAAUCCGGGGGAAAGGUUUCCGGCGGCGAAAACUCGAGCAGCAGCAGCAACAGCAAGCAACGUUCUGGUUUAUCCUGGGGAUUACCGGAGAAUAAAGCUGUCCUGAUUUUUCGCCAGUUGGCUCACGCCGUCCUCUAUUGUCACCGGAACGGGGUGGUGCAUCGCGAUAUCAAGCUCGAAAACGUUCUCCUCUCCACCCCUCUUAACUCAUCCGUUCCUCAGUACUACUAUUCCACGUCCUUACCUUCACCCUCGUUACCGAAACAGCCGGGUACUGCUUCAGACGCCCGCGUUCUCGCGAAGCUCGCUGAUUUCGGCCUGGCGGUUCGUCUGGCUCCGGGGGAGAAAACCGUCGGAACCGCUGGCAGCCGGCCGUACGAAGCUCCCGAGGUGAUUCUUGGACAGGAAUACGACACGAAAGCUGACGUCUGGUCGCUCGGCGUGUUACUCUUCGGAAUGCUCUCCUGCUCCAUGCCCUUUCAAGGCAGCGGUGAGCGGCAACUGACUCGCCAGAUUAUUCGCGGAAACGUGGAUAUGUCGCGCGGAGCCUGGUCCGCGGUGUCGGCGGAAGCUAAGGAUCUGAUUCGCGCGAUGCUGACCGUGAAUCCCGACGAGCGGAUUUCCAUGGCGGAGGUUGUCACGCAUCCGUGGAUCAAGGCUGCUUCCAGACGGCGAAAGCCAGUGAUUACCACAUCAUCGCUUACCGAGCUCGAUUUCGCUAAUGUAACUUCUGGAGGAGUUUCGCCUGGUUAUUUUGGCUCGUUGACGCCAACAUCGCCCUUGUUUCCCAUGAAGAGUCCGUUUGGCGGUCGCCGAAAGAAGGUCGCGAGCACCAGCGACCUUCCGUCGCUGUAUCCGUGCAAUAAAGACGAUGGCGAUAGGGACGGAAAGGACAACACAAGCGAUGAGGAGGACGGGAAUAAUAAUCAGAAGCUCGAAGCGCUGGGGAGAGCGAACAAGCGCAGUGCUGGAUUUUUUGAAAUUAACGCUGAUCAGGAGGAUUCUGAUACUUCUUCACGCAACAUGCGUUCAGGAAAUCAAGAAAAGGAGAACUCCCUUCCUCCCCUUCAUCCAAAGACUCCGCGAGGAUGUGCUGCUGACGCGGCCUUGGGACUAUCAGUUGUGCUGCCUGACGAAAUGGCAGGAGGGUCUGAGAAGCACAGUGGGAAAUCUUCCAUUUGGGAUUCUUUUCUUCCUGCUCUGUCGCCGUCUCGUAGGAAAUGGAGGGUGAGCUUUUAG